AUGACACCAGAGCCAAUAGCCAUCGUUGGGUCGGGCUGCAAAUUCCCUGGAUCUUCUUCAUCGCCAUCACGUCUCUGGGAGCUUAUCAGCAAGCCGAAGAAUGUCGCCACCAAGCCACCACCGGACCGUUUCAACAUGGAUGGUUUCUACGAUCCAAAUCCAGCAAAUCCAUUGACCACAAAUGCCAAAGAAUCAUACUUUAUUUCCGAAAAUAUAAGGGCAUUCGACGCGUCCUUCUUCAAUAUUGCGGCAAAUGAAGCGACUAGCCUGGACCCCCAGCAACGGUUGCUACUGGAAACUGUUUACGAGUCUCUGGAAGCUGCUGGCCUAAGAAUGGAAGCUCUUCGAGGUUCAUCCACCGGCGUGUUUUGCGGAGUUAUGUGUGCAGACUGGGAAGCCGUUGUGGGAUUGGACAAGGCUGUCCCAGAAUAUGCCAUUUCCGGCCUUGCACGUAAUAACCUGGCCAACCGCAUCUCCUACUUUUUUGAUUGGAACGGCCCCUCCAUGUCCAUUGACACGGCUUGUUCUUCAAGUAUGGUGGCUCUGCAUCAGGGCGUCUGUGCUCUACAGAAUGGCGAAUGCGCAACCGUAGCCGUUAUAGGAACGAAUCUGAUCUUGUCUCCCAACUUGUACUUUGCGGCGUCGAAUGUCAAGAUGCUAUCACCGGAGAGCCGUGGCUACAUGUGGGAUCACAGGGCAAAUGGUUACGUACGAGGAGAAGGAAUAGCCUCCUUGAUCCUCAAGCGACUGAGUGACGCCGUGGCCGACGGCGACCCGAUAGAAUGUGUAAUCAGAGCCUCGGGUGUGAAUCAGGAUGGGAGGACACUAGGCUUGACCAUGCCUUCGGGCAAAGCGCAGGCGCAGUUAAUUCGGUCAACUUAUGCCCUGGCAGGACUUGACCCGACUCGUCCAGAGGAUCGACCACAAUAUUUUGAAGCUCAUGGCACGGGCACACAAGCUGGAGAUUACCAGGAGGCUACUGGUAUCUACAGCACCUUUUUUGGAGCGAGUCCAAAAACAUCCACGGACGACGUGUUGCAUGUGGGGUCCAUCAAGACGGUCAUCGGCCACGGCGAGGGGUGCGCUGGUUUGGCUGGUAUAAUCAAGGCAUCCUUGUGCAUACAGCAUGGCACGAUCCCUCCCAAUCUUCAUUUUGAACGAUUGAACCCCAAGCUGGAGCCUUAUUCAUCAUGUCUCAAAGUUCCAACUGAACCUGUGCCCUGGCCACAGCUACCGCCUGGGGUCCCGCGUCGCGUUUCAGUCAACUCUUUUGGAUUUGGUGGCACGAACUCACACGCUAUCCUGGAGAGUUACGAGCCAAACCUGCACCGGAACCCAAAAAGCCACUUGAAUGGGACGAGCAAACACCCGCCUUCCUUGCUCCCGUUCGUCUUUUCGGCUGCUUCAGAACGGAGCCUUGGGGCUGUUCUCGACAAGUAUGCCAGAUACCUCAAGGAAAAUCCUACCGUCAAGGCUGCAGACUUGGCCUGGUCGUUGAUGGAAAAGCGUUCGGCGCUCAAGUACCGACUGACGCUAUAUGCGCCUACUAUCGAGGAGCUACAGACCGAGAUCGAAAAAGAAAUGGCACUUCGGAAGGCUGAUAACCCAUCCACAGUCAUAUCGCGUCCUGAUACCGGGAAGAAGAGUAUUCUCGGCAUCUUUACAGGUCAAGGCGCACAGUGGCCGCAAAUGGGACUGGAUCUGCUCUCGACUUUCCCAGUCACCCGAGGCUGGUUUGAAGAGCUGCAAGAAUCGCUAGAUCAGCUACCUGCCGAGUACCAGCCAGACUUCUCCUUGAUUGAAGAGCUGGCUGCUCCAAAGUCAUCGUCUCGAAUUCAAGAGGCGGCUGUCGCACAGCCUCUCUGCACUGCCGUCCAGAUUGUGCUGACCAGGCUCCUCGCUACCCUUGGGAUUUCUUUUGAUACAGUCGUGGGCCAUUCCUCAGGCGAAGUUGCUGCUGCGUACGCUGCCGGCGUUCUAAACGCCCAUGAUGCGAUACGGAUUGCAUAUCUCCGAGGGAGGGUCGCCCAUCUUGCCGGUGCCAAUAACAGAGCCGGUAGUAUGUUGGCCGCGGGCCUGUCUGUCCAGGAAGCAACGGACUUUUGCGAGAAGCCCGAGUUUGCCGGACGCAUUAGCAUCGCAGCGUGCAAUUCCCCAUCCAGUGUCACCCUUUCGGGCGACGCAGAUGCUAUUCAAGAGACUGACCUGCUGCUGAAAAGCCAGGACAAGUUUGCCCGUCGGUUGCUUGUAGACACGGCAUAUCAUUCGCACCACAUGCAGCCCUGCUCGGACCCGUAUCUUCGUGCCAUGACAGGAUGUAAGAUUCAACUGGGACAACCAACUGCCACGACGUGGUUCUCGACUGUGCACGCGGGCAAAACCAUCAACGCUUCAAGCCAUGGCACUGCUCUGGUGGCAGAGUACUGGAAGGACAACAUGCGCAACCCUGUCCUUUUCUAUCAAGCCUUGAUGGCAGCCAUCGCGGCCUCUCCUCCCGGUCUGAUCAUCGAAGUCGGACCACAUCCUGCCCUCAAGGGACCGGCUCUGCAGAGUCUCUCCGAAGUCUCCCAAUCAGCCUCAUCAACCCCGUACAUUGGCACCCUGAGUCGUGGUUCAACCGGAGUGCAGGCGCUUGCCGUUACCAUUGGCUCUCUCUGGACGCAGCUUGGAGCAGAGGGGGUCAACGUUGACCAAUACAUGUCCCUCUACGACCAAUCUAGGAAGCUGCAAUUCAUCCAAGAUUUGCCCUCUUACCCCUUUGAUCACAGCCAGUCAUAUUGGACCGAGACGCGAAGAUCCAAAGCCUACCUUGGCCGGGGCCGGCGCCAUGAGCUUCUCGGGGAUCUGAGCGAAGAAGUCACUGAGGGAGAAUGGCGGUGGCGCAACUUUUUGUUCCAGAGAAAUCUUGAAUAUCUCGAAGGGCAUCAGAUCCAAUCCCAGACAAUAUUCCCCGCAACUGGAUAUGUGGCCAUGGCAUUAGAAGCCGCCGCACUCAUGGCAGAUGGACGAACCAUGCGUCUCGUGGAGAUUAACGACCUCGUCAUCAACCAAGCCAUUGCCUUCCUUGACGAUAACAAAGGCAUCGAAACCGUGUUCCGAGCAUACCAAGUACGAUCCGAGGGUAGCGUUACCAAGGCAUUCUUCAGCUGCCAUGCCGAUAUUGGAGGGACACUCAAGACUUGUGCCUCUGGCCAGAUAGUUGUGACUUGGGGCAAGGUGGAUGCAAAUCUUCUGCCUACGCAGCCUCCGUCCGUCUCCGGAAUGUCAGCCGUAGAGACGGAUGAGUUCUAUGCCUCGUUGGGCAAUUUGGGCUACGGCUACACGGACUUGUUCCGCGGCAUCACGCAACUAAAGCGCAAGCUGAAUACGUCCCGCGGCCUUCUUAACAAUGUUGAAAGCGAUUCUCUUCUUCUGCACCCUGCGACAAUGGACUGUGGAUUGCAAUGCCUGCUUGGCGCCAUUGGGGCGCCUGGCGAUGGAUCGCUCUCUCGUCUCCAGAUACCGACCCGAAUCCAGUCAACCAUCAUCAACCCAAUGUUUUGCGGCAAAUGCAGCAUCUCAGCAGGCAAAUCACUCCCGUUUGAAGCGGCCGUCACUGGGUUGAGCGCGGAUGGAGCUUCAGGAGACGUCAGCUUAUUCACGCCCGACGGCCACGGUCUGAUCCAGUUUGAAGGCGUCCACGUAACUCCGUUGAUGCAGCCUACGGCAAAGGAUGAUCGUCCAAUGUUCUCACAAAUCACCUGGGGCAGUAUCGAACCCAACGCCGAGGCCGUCGAUGGACCGCCGCCGCCCUUGCAGUUCUGCCCCGGCGACAAGGAUGACCCGCAGCACAUGUGCUUUUCAGUCAUCCAGGAAAUACUUUCCAAACUGACAGCCCAGGACCGCAAGAACCUUGAGGGAUUUCGACGCGAUGUGGUUGAGUGGUUUGACCAUGUGGUUGAGAUGACGCGUCAAGGCAAACACCCCCUUUGCAACAAGGAGUGGGUAGACGAAGACCCAGGCGAAGUCCUCGACGUCCUAUCAAAGACAGCACAACCUAUCAUCGUGGAGAUGACAGAGAAGACAAGGAAACACUUUCUAGGCUUCUUGCGCGGCGAGACUCCCAUGAUAGAAGUUUAUCGCCAGGACAAUCUCCUCACCAGAUUCUAUGAUCAAGAACAGGAGCUCAAGUACAUGAGUCUGAGGGUUGGCGACUUGGCCGGACAACUAGCCUUUAGGUAUCCUCGCAUGAAGAUUCUUGAGAUUGGAGCCGGCACCGGCUCAGCAACCAGAGCCGUUCUCAGGCGCAUCGGCCAGUACUUCCAUUCCUACACCUUCACUGACAUCUCGGCUGGCUUUUUUGAGGACGCCGAGGCCACCUUCACCGAGCAUGCUGAUAAAAUGGUCUACCGCGUACUCGAUAUUGAAAAGAGUCCCGUGGAACAGGGCUUUGACGCAAACUCGUACGACUUGGUCAUCGCAGCCAAUGUCCUUCAUGCCACCAAGUACCUACAGCCGACCAUGACCAAUGUUCGUACCCUGCUAAAGCCCGGGGGCCAUCUUAUUGCCCUGGAGAUCACAAACGAGAACAUUUUGCAAGAUGCCAUGUUCUUCUGCGCCUUCGAGGGAUGGUGGCUUGGCAAAAACGACAACAGACCCUGGGGUCCCAAAAUCUCAGUGCCAAAGUGGGAAGACCUUCUCAGGAAGACGGGCUUCGGUGGCGUGGAAACGAUCAUCCCGUCGCCGGAAAAGCCCGAGUACGCAUACUGGGGUUACUCGACCUUUGUGACAAAGGCAGUCGAGGAUGGUGUAGAGACACUCCGCGAGCCCUUGGCCGUCGCACCAGCUGCAUCGGCUAAACUUGAGAGCCUCAUGAUUAUUGGCGGUGCAACAGAGAAAACUUCACGUCUCGUUCCCGAGCUGCAGAAGCUACUGGCCCCUUACUUCCAUCAGGUUUAUGACGCCUUGACCAUUGAUUCCGUAGAGUGUUCUGAUGCACCACUGGCCGCAAUCCUAUGUCUUGCAGACAUGGACUCUCCGUGUUUCCAAGACUUGACGGCUCAGAAACUGAGCUGCUUGAAGAGGUUGCUAGAAGCCGGCCGGAGACUCUUGUGGGUGACGGCGGGUUCCGAGUCUGAAAAUCCAUAUCUGAGUAUGAGCAAAGGAUUUCUCAGUUGUAUCGGAUACGAGUACAAGGGUUCACUUCAUCAGUAUUUCAACAUUGUCGAUCCGGAUGCUGUUAAUGCGACACUCCUCGGCACAACCCUCAUGCGCAUGGUUCAGUCCGAGUUUACCAAUGAUUACAGUCUUUCCAAGGGUGUUGGUAGCGUCGAGCUUGAGCUUCGCUUCGAAGACAACGUCAUGAAGAUUCCGCGAAUCAUGAAUGCGACUUCACUAAACCAGCGAUACGCCGCGGCCCAAAGAGCCGUCUAUAACCAAGUGAGCUUGGAACAGUCAACUGUCGAGCUUCGCUCCAACAAAGACAAUUUCGAGUUUGUAGAGACAGUUGACGAUGUGAGAGACGCCAGUUUCGACGAGCAUCAAUCCAUGGUUCAGAUCCGUGUCCGAUAUUCUGUCUCUCUGGCGUUGAGAGUAAAGGGUGCUGGCUUUUUGAGUCUCAUCUUGGGAACCCACGAGGUCUCCAACGCACGGUUUGUCGCCUUUGCAACCAAGAAUGCAUCCAGAGUCUCGUCGCCCUCGGCGUGGUGCUGGGAGCUCCCCAACCAUAUUGCCGAGAGCCAAGAGCCCCAGUUCUUGAAGAUUAUGGCAUCUGCGGUGAUGGCUAGAAACAUCAUUGAACAGGCAGAAACAAAUACAGGUCUCUUGGUCCAUGAGGCAAGUGAUUAUCUCAAACACGCCAUUUGGACCGCCGCUGUUGCCAAGGGUGUCCAGCCAUAUUUCAGCACCAGUGUUGCUGCCGUCGCGGAGUCGAGUUCCAGCAUCUUAUUCUUCCAUGACGCGAGCUCGUCUCGAACGCUUUCUCGUCUGCUUCCUACCAAUCUUUCGGUCAUAGCCAACUUUAGCGAGACGCCCAAUGGAGUGUUUUCAAAGGUAAAGUCACUGCUGUCCGAGGAUGUUCAACGACACCACAAUGGUACCCUUUGCAGACUGUCGCCGUUGGCUUCAAAGGGGCUCAAAGUGGCCGCAGUGAGCGAAACGUUCAAGAUUGCACGUGUCGUGGCUGGCGAAGUCAUGCUUGUGCUGGCCAAGCACUUCGAGUCAAGUGAAAAGACCAAUGUGAUCAACGUGGAGCAGGUUCCUCGCCGAGGUUUGAGAGCGAGUGAAGUCGAGAUUAUUGACUGGACCCAAGCGAGUGAGCUCCCAGUUCGAGUUUCUUCUGCAAGUUCCCAAGUCAGACUAUCAGGUAGCAAAACGUAUCUCCUCGUUGGCAUGUCGGGCGACCUCGGACAAUCGGUAUGCCACUGGAUGAUCACCAGAGGAGCACGCAAUAUCGUUCUGGCCAGUCGAAACCCCAAAGUCGACCCACAAUGGAUCGAUGAGAUGUCGAAAUUGGAGGCCAAUGUCAGGGUAGAGUCCAUGGACGUCACUGACCGAGAGUCCAUCCUCAAGGUCGACCGCACCAUUCGUCGAAACCUGCCACCCGUCGGUGGAGUUGUCAAUGGUGCCAUGGUCCUGCAGGACCAAAUGUUUUCAGAUUCCCCAUUGCAGAGUAUACUGGGGACGUUCAGGCCAAAGGUCCAAGGCAGCCGCCUGCUUGAAGAAAUAUACGGCGGAGACGGUUUGGACUUUUUCAUCCUGUUUGGAUCUGCAACUGCCAUUCUCGGCAACAUGGGACAGUCUUCCUAUGCAGCCGCCACAAACUUCAUGAGGAGCUUAAUACGGCGGCGACGAGAGAAGAACCUCGUUGGAAGUAUUAUUCAUCCCGCCGAAGUCUGUGGAGUUGGGUACAUCUCACGCAUGGGCAGUGACCUGUCACGACUCAUGAACAAGCUCGUCGGCAGACACAUUGUAUCAGAGAGAGAUUUGCAUGAAACUUUUGCCGAGGCCAUCCUGGCGGGUGAUCCGGCGUCCGGGCGUGACCCAGAAGUAAUGUCCGGCUUCACGCAGCAUGAUCCCGACGAGACACCCGAUCUUAUUUGGUACAGUAAUCCGCAGACAUGGCCGCUCGUCAACUACCGACUGCAUUCCACCUCGUCGCAGUCGACAAACACGCUCAUGCCUAUCAAGCAGCAGCUAGCAUCUGCGACCAAUGUGGCCGAAGCAGAAGAGGUGGUCCUGGCCGCGCUCAAGGCAAAGAUUAUCCAAAAGCUCCACCUCUCCGAGGAUAUAUCUGUGACUCCAGAUACCCGGUUGGCGGAGCUGGGUGCUGAUAGCUUAGUUGCUGUUGAUCUCCGGACAUGGUUCAUCAGAGAACUCGAGGUCGAAAUUCCCAUUCUGCAUAUCCAGAGCGGAGCAUCAAUCGGAGAUCUUGCCGCGACUGCUACAUCGAAGCUGCCAUCCGGCUUCAUUCCAAAUGUAGGAAAAGACUGA